AUUGUCGCGAAGUUCGUUUGCAUUGUCUGAGCAAGAUUUGUUUUAGAAAGGGACAUAAAGUGAUGGUGCUUUAGGUGAAAGUUGAAAAACGGAUCAAAUCAAUCAUUCAUAAGGUGGAAAAAUCGUUUACGGUAGUUCUUUAGAAUACAAUUACCUAAACUUAGUGUUGGGUACGUAUACACGCACGUCUCGAAGAACUCAAGUAAGAACGCCACAUUUUUCGUUGGCUGGAUUUUCGCGAAUCUCCGAUUUUGUGGGUGAUUGAAUUCAGCAACGGCAAUGGAAGUAGAUGAAAAUCCGGAAGUGGCGGCUCCUCCGGCCGAAAUUUUAGCGAUAGAUCAAGCAGUUGAAGCAACGCCCGAGAAAACGGUGGAUCCGGGAGGCGUUUUGCGAUCGGUUCUGUCUGACGAAGAGUUGGGUGCGAUACAGACCGAGACGGUGAAAAAAAUCGAAACUCAUUACGAGCAAAAGCUGGAGGAGUUCCUAACGGCAAAAGCCCUCUGUGAGACAGCUAAAUCCAAUGUCGAACAAUUAAAAACUGACUAUGAAACGAAGAUUGAAGAGUUGACUUUGAAGUAUCAGGACGAGUCUUCUAAGUUUCAAUUUUCACAGCAAAGUGUUAAAGAACUCCGGUUGGAAUUGGAAGAUGCAAAACAGGAAUUAACACAGGCGAAUGAGAAAGUUAAGCAAAAUGAUGCCAGUACGGCGCGUUUCAGAAGAGAGCGCAACGAAGCUGUUAACGAACGAGAUACGCUGCUAAAUGCUGUGGAACGUAAAACGCUGGAAGUGGAAAGGCUGCAAGCGGACGUUAUUGGGUUGGAAAAAAAGCUGAAGGCAGCGAAUGUGACAAAGUGCGAAGCUCUCGCAAAGCUGGAAGAAAUUCAGAGCAAGGAAUUCUCUUUAGACUUCAAGGAAAAGCGUAUGGAUAAAGAAUUGUCUAUGCGAGACAUCCAAAUCCAGAAGUUGUCCGAGGAUUUGAAUCGAGCUUUGCAAGAUUUGCAAAACGUCCGUCGUGAGCAGAAUUUCAAGGCGUUGACCACGGAAGCCAAACUGGCAGAGAAGACUGAAGAGCUGAAGAUUGCAACCGCGCAAAUUGCUCAUCUGAAUGAGCAAAAUCAAGAGCUGAGUGAGAAGGCGGAAGAUCUCACUACGAAAUUGCUUCAGCAGAACGAAGAAACACGGAAAAUGAUGGACCAUUAUCGGAAAGAGCUGCAGUCGCAAACUAAACUGUGCGAGUUGUACCAGGAAGAUUGCGAAGAUAAGAAAAAGCAAACCGAAGAGCUGGGAACAGCUGUGUCUGAAUUGAAGAAAUUGCUGAAUGAAGCCAGUGAUGCUUACGGAAAGUUGGAAACGCAGCAAAAAGCUCAGGGGCUCAAACACGAAAAAGAGCUGGAGUCCAAAGAGCAAUCCAUUCAGCAACUGAAGGAUGAAUUGAAACACGCAAAUGAACUUCUAAAGCUAGCACAGGAAGAAAGCUUAGAGCAUGCAGUGGAGAAGUUGGCGCCAUCGGCGGCUGCUACCAGUCGAUUGAUCAAGUCCGGAAUGACCCUUACUGAGUUGUACACGCUGUACGUCAAAACGGCCGAAGAUUUACAGGUUGAGAAAAAGGAAAACAGCAAACUGCAGUUGCAAAUUAAAAAUAUUGUGCAGGAACUCGAAGAACGUGCCCCUGAACUAACGCGUCAACAAAAUGAGUACCAGAAUCUGAAGGAUGCCAACGAAGAGAUGAGCCUACAGCUCAACAAACUGAUUGAAGAAAACGCGGAGGUUCGAUCCGAGCUGGGAUCUGUGCAAGAUAAAGUCCGUUACUUGGAUAGUGAGAACAAAAAAUUCAAACUGGAGCGCGGUGAUUUGAGUCGUCAAAUUUGCAAUCUUUUGCGAGAAAUAGAGCAGAUGCGUGGAGGCUACGCAUCAGAGGCUGAUCAAUCCAUCUCGUCGGACAUGAGUGCAAAUGAGGUAAUCACAAAGAAGUUGGUAACAUUUAACGAUAUUCAGGAGUUACAGGAAAACAACGUUAAAUUGUUGCUUGUGGUGCGCGAUUUUAGUGCGAAACUUGAAGAGUUAGAAAUUGCACAGAAUGCUAUGAGCCAGGCAACGUUCGAGGCUAAAAUCGCAUCCUACAACAAACGAUUGCAAGAAAUGCAGGAAACGCAAGAGUAUCAAACGCAAAUGAUGCAACAGUGCAUACAACAGAGAGACCGAUACAAGAAAAUGUAUCACGAUGCGAUGCGCAGCUACAAUGCCGUAGGAGGUACGGGCGGAAAGGGCAAUCUCGGUGCUAGUUUGAACGGAUCGCUUUCUGGAGAUACAGGAGACGCAGCUAUGGAUGAAGAAUUGCCAAGUGCUUCCACGGUUAGCGCGGUUUCCAGUGAAGCGGUGGCAGAGAAAGAAAAGAAGAUUUCUGAACUGGAGAGUAAAGUGAAACAAACUCAGCAGAUGAUGACGGCACUAAAGGAGGAAUAUGAUAACUAUCGCAAAGAAAAGCUCACUAACGACAAGAUGAUGAAUGAACAGUUUGAUUCGAUGCGCACAGAGCUUCGAGAGUUGUCCUCAAAGAACAUAAAAUUGGCUGCUACCGUCGAAUACAACAAUGAACAAAUCAAGAUUCAGCAGAAGAACGCUGCCACCUAUAAGAAACAGAUAUCGACUUUGGAGGAACGAAACAAAAACUAUGAGACAACAAUUUCUAAGCAGGAAGCUACUAUCUUGUUCCUUAAAGACGAAGCAAUAAGUGCGGAAUCUAAACUCGCCCGAGCUGAGGUCCAAGUUGAAAACUUGAAGCAAGAAUGUCGCAUACUAAAGGACGCCGAAUCACGUCUUCAGACUGAGCGGGAAAUUCUCAACCGGGAACGGCAGAAUCAAAAUUUACUGUUAAACAACAUUGAAAUGAUUAAAGUAACCAUGGAACGCUCGGAAGCGGAAGGUCGCAUCCGUCUUGAAACGCGCCUCGACGAGACAGCUCGCGAGUGUUCGGCUUUGCGACGUCGCCUGCAAGAGGAACAGGAUCGUUUCCGGGAGCUUACCGCUCACUUGGAGCGCCAGAUGCAGACUGCCAAACAGCGGAUGGAAGAGGAAAUAGCUAUCGCUGAAACUGUCCAAGCCGAGCUGAAGAAUGCUCGUGAUGAGCUGGAGAUUAAGUCGAGAAAGAUCGAUGACCUCAGCAGGAAGCUUCAGGAAACUCUCUCGCCGAAUGAUGAAGAUAACCCCGUAACGCAAGCUCACAAGAAGAUUCGAGAAUUAGAGCAGAAGCUAAACGAAACUGAUAUUGAAAUCGAAUCUUUACGAAAGGAGUUGGCAACUGCUAAGGAACAUGUCAAACAAUAUUGUAAUAUGUCGGAGUCCUCUGAGAAGGAGUUGAAGGAUCUCAGUGAACUGUACAACAGCUACAAGACGAAAACCGAAGGUGAGUUGGACACGCUUAAGAAAAGUGAGACCGACCUUAAAGCUCAGGUCGAAGAACUGCGAACGGAAAUUUCACUGAAGAAAACGGGCGAACAGCUGACCUCUUCCACUGACAGCGAAUCCGUACUGCACAAAGCCCAGUUGGAGUUGAAGGAUGCUCUCGAGAAAAUAAGUGAGAACAACCGAGAUCUUCGUGACUUGCGCGAGAAGAAUAACUCCCUAAUGGAACAGCUUCAGCUGGCCGAGCAGAAAUAUGCCAACGAAAUGGUUCAGCAUUCGUCCGACAUUCAGCAGCUAGCGAACUUGAAGGAAGAAUUCCAAAAAACUAAACUUCAGUUUGAUGAACUUAAACAGGCUCGCGACCAGGCGGUGGAACGUGUCAAAACGAACGAAGAAUGCUGGCACAAUCGGGAGGAGAUUAUGAAGAAAGAAAUCGACCAGCUGGAGGAACGGUUGGCCGAUUUGAAUUCCCAGAAUGCUGCUCUGCACGAUCAAAUUCAAAGCCUCAGCACUAAGCUUUCGAUUACGGCAGCGCAAGCAUUGGAGCAGUCGAAUGAAAAGGCAGAAAAAAUUGAAGAAUCGAUGAACGAUAGUGCGACCAUCAACGAAGACAAUUCCCUAAUGAACCGCUCGAUUUCUGAUGAAGAGAAACGUUCGGUCGAUCAACUGUUGCAAAUCAUUAAAUAUCUCCGAAAGGAGAAGGACAUUGCGGUUGCACAAUUCGACAUUUUGCGUUCGGAGAACGUGCGAGUCCGUUCCGAGUUGAUGAUGUUCCAGAAAAAGCUGGAAGAAUCGCAAGCAGAGCUGAAUAUCGAACGGGAGAAAUCCGAGACCGGUGUUGUAGCGACUGCCAAGCACGAAGAAAUCCUUAGGAAGCUGGAAACACUGAAUGCGAUUACUGAUAGUAAUCGAAGCCUGCGAGAGGAGCGUGACAGUUUAAACAAAAAAAUCAAGGAUUUGUCCGAACGUUUGCUGAAAGCAGAAGAUGAACUGUUCCCGUUACAGGAGAAGGUUCGGGAGUUGAGCGUUAAAAUUGAAUCAGCUACCAGCGAAAACUCGACACUCCGUCUGGAAGCCACACGCUGGAGGCAGCGCGCCAAUUUGCUGAUCGAACGAUCGAACAAAACAAGUCCUGAGGAUUGGAAACGAUUGCAGACCGAACGUGAAAACCUUGCUAAAAUGUUGACUAACGAAAAAGAAUUGCUCAAAAAGUCAAACGAGGAGCUGAAUUCUAUAAGGAUUGAGAAGGGUAAACUGGAAACGGAAGUCACCAAUCUUACCAAGCAGUUGGGAGGCUCAAGCGACCAGAACAAAAAAUACGCAGAUGAGCUGGAUGUUUUGCGUCAAGCAGGUGCUAAAAUGACUGUAGAGAUUGGGGAGGUAAAGUCCACACUCUCGAAGAGGGAUGAAGACUUGAAAAAGCUCACAGAAGAAUUGGCCAACAAAGAAGAACAGUUGACCGAUGCCAAGAACAAGGAACAGCAAAUUCGAAAGAUUGCCAAACGCUACAAGGAUUCGUAUCUUAAACUGGAGAACGAAGUGAAAGAAAAGAAAAAUGAGAACGAAAAGACUGCAACUGAAGGUGGAGCAGCGGAAACAGCCGGAGAAGGAGGUAGCAACGAGUCCGAUAACGUAACUGAGAACAACGUGUCUGAAUUGAAAUCGCAAAUUACAUCUUCACAAGAAGAGAUUGAAAAUCUUAGAAAGGAAAAUGACACCCUGAAGGGUAAGCUGGAGAAGGCUGAACGUAACCAAGAUAUUCUAAAGGACGUCAAACAUCGAAUACUCAGCCUAACUGAAGCGAAAAAUAAUGUCACUCGCGAGCUGAGUAACGCCAAGGCACAAAUACAAUCGUUGGAACAUGUUCGUGAGGAGAAUGAGCUGUUGAAAUCUCAAUAUGAAGGGCGCAUCUCAAGGAUCACUAAAGAAAAUGCUGAUCAAGACAAGGAAAAGGCAGAUGCCAUCACGCGAUUGACACGGGAAAAUGAACAGCUGACUAUUCGACUGAAUCAAUUAACUCGUCAAUUAGGUUUGCAACAGGUCUCGAAGCCAUCAACCAGUGCUUCGGGAUCGUCGGAGAAAGCAUCGACUGAAAGUCCGAGAACAGCCAAUGUUAAGCCGAUCCCCGGUCCGAGUAGCGCUCAACAAUCGGCCACGGUAACACCUCGCCGCGGCAGUGAAACGCCAUUGGCCAGUAUUCGUCCCAUGUCCGUUCAAGCUAGUAGUCGUACGGCAGCCGUUCUACCUACUAGUCAGACCUCGAAUAACGUGGCCAUCGUUCAAGGUUCAUCGUCCUCAUCAUCUUCGAAUACUGGCACAAGUGUCACUGCGUUGGUUCCACCGCAGCAGCAAGUACACACCACCGGCAGCAACAACAAUUCAAACGAGUCGAUGUCCUCCUCUCCAACCAGUUCGCACACGGACUACAUGCCGGCCACUAGCUCAGCCAACGUUGCCGUCGCCGCUGUUCCGCCAAUGGGAACAGCUUCAACAUCUUCCUCUACGGCCGAGAGUAGCUCGCAGCAAGAGAACGAAAGUCUGCCGGCUCAGCAGCCCAACGAACCGGGGCCCUCUCAAAUGCACGUUUCUGCUGGGCAGCAGCUUUCCUCCCAAGCGGUGGCACUGGUUUCUCCGCACAUCGAAGGAUCACCAGCUCAAACCGGUAGUACUUCCGCUCAGGUGGCACAGUCUUCGCCUCAGUUGCAACAAUCGGUCCAGGAACAGCAAAAUCCUGCCCCCAGCACCAGUGGAUCGUCCUCAAACACGCAGCAGCUAGCACUAAGCAGCCACCAUCAGGCAUCCACCUCGAGCAACACUGUGACUACUUCCCAAGUGACCGCCGGUCACAAGCGUCCCCGCGAUGUAGAAGGGGACAGUUCCACCGAUACAGUCGAGCAGCUGAGUGAAAAAUCGGCUCCCGUCAACAAACGCACUCGCAUGCAGGGCGGGGAAACAUUCCAGGGCGUCAGCGAGUCCGGUUUGGAUGUUGAGUAUCAAGUACCAACAUCGUCCCAACGAGAUCAAGAGGAUGACAUCAUCGUUGUGGACUCUGAGGAAGACGAAGAAGGUAUGGCGGAUGACGGAACUGCCGAUGAAGGUACAGCUGAAGCAGACGAUGGCCCUUUUGAAGGUUAUGAAGGAGAAGAAGCAUAUGAGCAAGAUGAACCGGAAAUAGCGGGUAAUUAUGACGAAGGUGAAGGCCCUGACAUUGACGAAGACAACGUUCAAUCGGCAAAUAACGAGGUCGAUGUGGACGAUGACAAUGAAGUUCCUAAUCAGUCCGGAACGUCCUCCACGACUUCGAGUGCCCAAGUGGCACCGGACGUAGAAACGUCCAGCACAAGCGUCGGUCAAAGUAGCAACGCAGGCCCUUCAACAUCGUCUGAUGGACAGCCUAGCGAAAGUAGUAGCCAGCCGAACUCGAAUGAGGUUCAACAAAUUCAGAGCAUUACCAGUGGCAGUGGUGAACCAUCGGGCCCAUCCACUUCUUCCGCUUCGUCAACGGCGGCUACGGUAGCUGCGUCAACUUCAGCUUCCACUACUUCAUCUUCCACGUCGGCGUCCUCGGCAACGGCCGCUGCUGCUUCCUCGGCCACUUCCCAGACCAUGGCUGCAUCACCGUCGCAGAGCCGACGACAGGUCAAUCCACUUGCCCGUCAGCAACAGCAGCAGCUCAUGUUGAUGCAGCAAAACUAUGACGAAAGCGCUGACGAUCGCAUUGUGCCCAGCACGCCAACUCUAUAUGUACCGCGACGGACCGACGGUUUCAGCGAAGCCGUGAGUUCACCCCACCCACAAGUCCCGAAUGCUCGGUUUAUCUUUGUCGAAACAUCUCGGGCCUCUGGCGCGGCAGGUGAUGCUCAGCUGCUACCCGAAGGAAUUGACGAUACUCGGAUGGAUCUUUCCCAGCUAGACGAGUCUGGUACUGCAGGCGGAAGACCGACCGGGCGUAGUGUACCCACUACCCCGCAGCAAACAUCACCAAAUGAUCACGAGCGCGCCGUGAUUCACGGAGAACCUUCGACCGGCCAGCCCGAAGGUAACGAAGCUGAACAGGCAGGCGGCGAACAGUUGGCUCCAUGUGCCAACUCAGCCCAAGUAGAGUUGGCCAAUGAACCGAUGGCUGGUCCAUCUGGCGUUGGUACAAGUGUGGCCAGUGGCAGUGAGCGCGAGGGACAAGUGCCGGAAAUUACCGUUUCUGCUGCUGAAGAUGUUGAUGACGAGUAUGGAAUUUCGGAAUCCACAACGCUGGAUCAAUCAGCAGUUAGCUCGGAGGCCACCGCGGCAGGAAGUGGAAGAAGCGGUGACCGCACUGACGAUGAUGAUAUGGACUUAGACAUGGAAGACGAUCGUGAUCGCAGCACAGAAUCCGCUGAUGGAGUAACGUCCGAAGGAGAAAAGCACUUACCGACGAAUCCAAUUCCGAUGGAUGAAGGACGCGAAGCCGAUGGCUUGGAGACUCCAAGCAGUAAUACCAGGUCCCGAACGGUUCCACGUGGCGCUUCGCGACGUGGUCGCCGUUUCGGUCAACGAGGCAGUACUCCACGAAACAUCACAUGGAACGAAGGAAGACCACUUAAUCGCUCGGGACCACCGACUAUGCAAGUACAUCAACAGCAACGUUCGCCUAUCGGCAGUCCCAACCGAAUGUACCAUCAUGGAUCACCACAUCAGCUUCCUCACCACGCACAGCAGCAACAGUCCAGCCCACCAAUGCGUCGUAAUACUCGUUCGACACGAAACCGACGUUCCAACGUGCACUAUCGACCGUGAUCGACGAGUUUUAGUGCCCUGUAAGCGUUACUUUUAUAUUCCAAAACCAUUGGUUUGCUUAUCACGUAAGUAACUUUUUUUAAAUUCAUCCAAAAACAACGUAAAUUACGUUAUUAUUUACUAUUAUUUUCAAAGGUAAAGCCUUAUUGCUUUUGUACAAAAAAUGUUUGUAACUUCUUAAAGAUCUCGGAUCCAAUAAAUAAUUUUUCAUAUGUAAGAGGUGUUAGAGAUAAUCAGUUGAAACACCAACCGUGUAAACUUUUUCGAACGUGCUUAGAACAAAGCAAGAGAUGUAAUUCUAGUGAUAAUCACAUGCUAUCGAAAAAAUACACUAUGAAGU